GUCGUCGGAGAUAGAGGGAGUAGUUGCUAAAUACCCUGAUCUAUUUGAAGAACCGAAAGGGGUUGUUGAGAGGGAGCUUGUCCACGCGAUAGAGAUUUAUCCCAGAGUCUAGCAUCCCGAAGGGUAGGAUCUAUCGGAUGUCUCCAGGCGAGCUUGAUAAGCUUCGCCGGCAGCUCAAGGAACUCGUAGAGAAGGUUUGGAUCCGGCCAAGUGUCUCCCCUUACGGAUCUCCAAUCUUGUUUGUACCAAAGAAGGGGGGGAUUCUGAGGAUGUGCAUUGAUUAUAGGGGCCUCAAUGCCAUCACUGUUAAGAAUCGAGAGCCCCUACCGCGCAUCGAUGACUUGUUAGAUAGAGUGCAAGGGUGCCGGUACAUGAGUAAGAUAGAUCUUAAGUCUGAGUACCAUCAGAUUGCAGUACGUCCUAAGGAUCAACACAAAACUGCUUUUCAGACCAGGUACGGUCUGUACGAGUUUGUGGUGAUGCCUUUCGGCCUUUGCGAUGCUCCUGACACCUUUCAGCACGCUAUGAAUCAGAUUUUUCACGACUACUUGGAUAAGUUUGUCAUCGUGUACCUCGAUGACAUACUUAUUUUUAUUAGGACUGUCGAGAAGCAUGUUGCGCACUUAAACAAAGUCCUCAGUCUCCUUCGACAGCGCAAGUUCAAGAUCAACGGUGAGAAGUGUGAGUUUGGCCGCACCCGGAUCUUGUACUUGGGUCAUGAGAUUUCCGCGGAGGGUUUGAAGCCCGAUGACGCGAAGGUGGCCAACAUUCAUGAUUGGCCGCGUCCUCAGUCUGUGACUGAGAUGAGGUCUUUCUUAGGGAUGACCGACUACUAUCGCAAUUUUGUGAAGAACUAUAGCAUGGUUGCCGCCCCUUUGACAGACCUGACCCGCCUUGACACCCUAUGGGAGUGGACAGACAGUUGUGAGGCUGCUUUCAGACAUCUGAAGCAUGCGCUGACGCAUCAUGAGGUCUUGAAACUUCCUGAUCCUAAUAAGCCGUUUAUAGUAACCACGGAUGCUAGCCAAUAUGGCAUAGGCGCCGUGCUCACGCAACAGGAGUGGCCAAAGUUGAGGCCAGUCGAGUACAUGUCCAAAAAGAUGCCCUCUCAGAAGUUGAUGAGAACCCAGCCAGUGCUCUUCGAUGCUUUGAAGAGUUGGAUCGAAGUCAUUGAACGAUAUGAUUUUGAACCCCAAUAUCUGAAGGGGGAGUACAAUAAAGUUGUUGAUGCCUUAUCGCGUAGGGCUGACUUUUCUGGUGCGCUGAUCACUGAGUUCGGGCUUGCGGACGAUGUCACUCGCUCUUUGGUGGAAGCCUAUCGUGAGGACCAGUUUAUGUCCGAGAUCAUACGCAGACUCGAGGUGAAGGACAAGGUGACUUCUGCCGAGUUUGAGUUAGUCAACGACCUGCUAUUCCUUGAGAAGGCCGGGAAUAAACGUUUGUGUGUACCUAAUCGGGAGUCUUUGCGUAGUUUGUUUCUAGGAGAGUGUCAUGAUGCCACCAGACAUUUUGGCUAUAAAAAGACUACAGCCAAUCUGCUGCAGAGGUUCUGGUGGCCCACGAUGAUGAAAGACGCAAAGCUGUAUGUGGAGACUUGUCAAGUCUGUCAGAGGGACAAGUCGCGUACACAUGCUCCUCUUGGGCUUCUGAAGCCCGUUCCGAUUCCGGAAAGGCCUGGUGAGAGUUUGUCUAUGGACUUCAUGGAUACGCUGAUCACCAGCAAGAGUGGAAUGCGCUACGUCUAUGUCAUUGUGGAUAGAUUUAGCAAGUACACUAGGUCAGUCGCAAUGCCGACAACAACUAAAACGGAGUAUGUGAUUAAAUUGUUCAAAGAGAACUGGGUCAGUCCAAAAUCUAUAGUCAGUGACCGUUAUGUGCGAUUUCCUAGUGAACUGUGGAAGGCCGCAGCUGCAGAACAGGGAACACAGCUGCAGAUGACAUCAGGGAACCAUCCAGAGGUGAAUGGGCAAUCAGAACAGUUGAACCGCGCUCAGGCUGUUGAACAGAUGCACAAGGCUCAGGCGGCGAUGAUAGAAUCUGAGAACAAGCACCACCGCCCGUCUACGUUUCAGGUAGGUGAGAGAGUCUGGGUCAAGUCCUCAGAACUGGGACAGGAGCAUGGGAUCUCCCGCAAGCCCAUGCCACAGUACUUUGGACCAUGGGAGGUCCUAGAUGUUGUAGGAGACGAACCGGAUGGACCAUCCUCAUCACCAUCAGCACGGUAUUUGGCAGCCAUAGUGCCUCUCAUUAAUGCAUUGCGGCUUCUUGUUUUGGGUACGGGAUUGAUCAAGUAUGAAGCAGGAGUGAAGGCCAUUAGUCGAGCUGGCAAUCCAAGCGAGCUUCUCAAAGGACCACUCUAUUACGUUAUGGUCAUUGGCUUUGUCACAAUCUUCUUGUGGCGCGAUUCUCCGACAGGACCAGUCGCUCUUGCUCUUAUGUGCAGUGGAGAUGGAAUUGCUGACAUUGUGGGAAGACGGCUAGGUAGCGCAAAGCUUCCAUACAACGACUCGAAAAGCUGGGCUGGAAGCAUUGCCAUGUUCACUUGCGGCCUUUCUGCAGCACUCAGGCAAGAGACACAACAGCCUCUUCUUCCUCCUCCUCCUCUUCCUCCUCUUCCCUCCUCUUUCCUCCUUGUGGCAUACUGC